AUGUUGAGCGAGGACAUCGAAAUCACCCAGGACGAACAGUACGGUGAAGACGGUUUGCCGAUAUGUGAUGCGUUUGUGAUAGGUGUUGCUGGUGGUUCUGCCAGUGGAAAGACACACGUCGCACAGCAAAUCGACAGCUUCUAUAAGUGGCACAAUGAGGAGGAAGUGGCUUUGGCCCACGCGAACCGUAUGGAUUUUGACCAUCCAGAUGCAAUUGAUAUGCCGAUGUUUGCUGCUUGCCUCGCCGACCUGAAAGCCUGUCGACAAACGAAUAUUCCCAUCUAUUCCUUCACCGAGCAUCAACGGCUGGACGAGAAGAAAUAUCUGUAUGGGGCUGCUAUCAUAAUAGCGGAGGGUAUCAUGGCUCUUCACGAUCCGAAACUCAGAGCACUAUAUGACUUGAAAGUCUUCGUUCAGUGUGAUUCAGACUUAAUGCUCGCACGACGGAUACAGAGGGAUGUCAAGGAGCGUGGGCGAAGUGUCGAAGGCGUUCUUGAACAAUAUCUUCGUUUCGUCAAACCUGCUUUUGACAAUUUCGUUUUGCCAACCUCACGACAUGCUGAUAUUAUCGUCCCAGGUUCUGACAAUUCUGUUGCCAUUGAACUCAUAUCGACUCAUAUACGCCGGCAAAUGAACGAUCGUGCAAGGCAUUUCCGUAAGAACAUGGCAACAUCUAGCCUUAAUGGCUGCCUAUCCGAAAGCAACAUGCAGCAAUUGAAUUUGGUCACUCUUCCUCCGACUCCACAGCUUAAGGGCAUGUAUACAAUUUUGCGUGACGAAACGACGAGUCGCCAAGAUUUUAUAUUCUUUGUUGAUCGUCUAGCUACCUUCUUAAUCGAGAAGGCUAUGGAGCAUUUACCUUACCGUCCCAAGUUCGUUACGACGCCUACGGGGUCAGAGUCGUGUGGCAAAGAACUGGACACAAAAUAUAUUUGUGGGGUUUCUAUAAUACGAUCGGGCGGACCUCUAGAACGCGGAUUAGAGCGGGUCCUCAGUCACGCCCCAAUGGGCUCUCUCCUUGUGCAAUCAGACGCAAAAACAGGAGAGCCUCUUCUACUCCAUGUGAUGCUUCCAACCUGCAUCCGUGAACGCCAUAAAGCAGUCGAUACUUGGGUGUUUUUACUUGACGCACAGAUCGGUACAGGCGCUUCAGCAUUCAUGGCGAUCCGCACCCUUCUCGAUCAUGGCGUCCGACAAGACCGCAUCAUCUUUGUUACAUUCCUGGUAGCUAGGAGCGGCGGCUUGUCAGUUCUCACACGAGCUUUUCCUGAUGUUAAGAUAAUCUGCGGCGCUGUCGAUGACAGUUUGAGGGAAGCUUGGCUAGACAACUAUGAAGGGGAGGGACAUCAUGGAGGUGACGGUCGUAAGGUAUGGAUCAUGGAGCCUGGAAUGGGGCAAAUAGGGGAUCGCUACUACUUAUGACCUGUGUUUUCCUUAAAAUCUAGCAUUCUAUCAUUGGGAAUGUCCUCAUCGGACUGGUAGUUAUCUUUAGACUUGACAUUUAUAUUGCAUCAUGUCGUGUAGUAUAUAGGCAUCAUAGCUUCAUUAGGAUGGAAUGGACGCUCUUUGCUAGUUU